AAUUCCUUUUUUUAAAAAAAUUAUCGUAUUAAUAAUAAUUAAAUUUAUAAAUGAAUUAUAUUAUUAAUUAAUUAUAAUACAAUAUCGGAAUAUAAAAAACUUUUGGCUAUAAUUGGGCUAAUCGGAACGACGUAAUCGGGCGGAAGUCGAACGAGGACGUCAUCGGGCAGAAAAUAGCGCGCGGAAAUCGUUCAUUGUAACAGUUGACGUCGGCGAUGAGCGAGAAGAGAAGGAACUCGAGAGACGAUAAUAACUUCGGUUCGUCCCAACGAAAUAAACGAGCGCGCUCCCAAGAUGACGACGCUAUCAAUUUCGAGGACGAAUUGGCCCUUAUGUACGAACUGGAAGAAGAAUUCAAAUUGGAAUCGCAAGAAUCGACUGAAGAAGGUCCCGAAAACAUUUCGACUAGUGCCAAAUGGUCGCGUCCAAAAUGUUUUAUUUCAUCAAAUGAUAAACCACUGAUAUUUCAACAGAUCGACAUAGAUUAUUUCGUGGGUCAACCAAUGCCCGGAAUGUCUGGUAAUCAAAUAGGUCCUGUACCUGUCAUGAGAAUGUAUGGUGUCACUACAGAAGGUAAUAGCAUUUUAUGCUAUGUUCAUGGUUUCCUUCCGUACUUUUAUACUUCUGCUCCUGAAGGUUUCUCUGAAGCUCACUGUCGUCGCUUCAGAGAAGCAUUAAAUAAAGCCGUUUUUUUGGAUAUGAAAUCUAACAGAAAUAAUGUUUUACAUCCUGUUUUAGCCGUUGAAAUUGUCCUCAAGAAAAAUAUAUAUGGGUAUGAUGCGAGGGGAAAACGUCCUUUCAUUAAGAUUACCAUGGCUUUGCCGAAAUUACUUGCUCCGGCUAAAAGAUUGUUAGAAACUGGGGCUGUAGUGUGUGAUGGUUUUAAAGAUUAUAGUUUUGGUGUUUUUGAAAGUAAUAUUGAUUUUCAAAUUAGAUUUAUGGUAGAUAAUCAUAUAGUUGGUUGCAAUUGGAUUGAAUUACCGGCUGGAAAGUACAAUUUACGAGAGGAAAAGAGUACUAAUGUAAAAUCUAGAUGUCAAAUUGAAGUAGAUAUUGACUAUCAUGACAUUGUUUCUCAUCAACCAGAAGGGAAAUGGUCUGAUGUGGCUCCUUUUAGGAUUUUAAGCUUUGAUAUUGAGUGUGCAAGUAGAAAAGGAAUUUUUCCAGAACCAGAAAAGGACCCCGUUAUUCAAAUUGCUAACAUGGUUACAGUGCAAGGACAAAAGGAUCCAUUUAUCCGUAACGUUUUUACACUGAAUAAGUGUGCUCCAAUUGUUGGAUGCGAAGUUCUUUCAUGUAAUACUGAAACGCAGAUGUUAGAAAAAUGGGCCAAUUUUGUUCGGGAGGUCGAUCCUGACAUAAUUACAGGCUAUAACAUUCAAAACUUCGAUAUACCUUACUUACUUAAUCGUGCCAAAGAACUAAAAAUUAAUAACUUCCCAUUCUUGGGUCGCAUCAAAGACAACAAAACCACAAUGAAAAAUGUGGUACUCCAAUCUAAGCAGAUGGGAAAACGAGAGAAUAAAAUAAUAAAUAUCGAAGGUAGAGUCCAAUUUGAUUUACUGUUAGUUUUAGUAAGAGAUUACAAGUUAAGAUCAUAUACAUUAAAUGCUGUCAGCUUUCAUUUUCUCCAAGAACAAAAGGAAGAUGUACACCAUAGCAUCAUAACAGAUCUACAAAAUGGAAAUGAACAAACACGGCGACGAUUGGCGGUUUACUGCCUGAAAGAUGCAAUGUUGCCUUUACGUCUUUUAGAUAAAUUAAUGUGUAUUAUAAACUAUAUGGAAAUGGCUAGAGUGACAGGAGUACCACUAUCAUAUUUAUUAACUAGAGGUCAGCAAAUAAAAGUUGUAUCGCAAUUAUUGCAAAAAGCCGUAGAAUAUGAUUAUAUCAUACCCGUGAUGAAAGUUGAAACUGGUGAUGAUUUCACGGGAGCUACCGUUAUUGAACCAAUAAAAGGUUACUAUAAUACACCAAUUGCUACUUUGGAUUUCUCUUCGCUAUAUCCUUCAAUAAUGAUGGCUCACAAUCUUUGUUACACCACCCUUAUGAGUGUGCCGAGUAAACAUAACGUUUCUCCAGAUCAAUAUAUCAAGACCCCAUCGGGAAACUAUUUUGUAAAAGCGACUGUAUGCAAAGGUUUAUUACCAGAAAUCUUGGAAAAUCUUCUUAGUGCUAGAAAAAAAGCUAAAGAGGACUUAAAAAAAGAAACUGAUUCAUUCCGUAAGAAAGUCUUGGAUGGAAGACAAUUAGCAUUGAAAAUUAGUGCAAAUUCCGUCUAUGGAUUCACUGGUGCGCAAGUUGGAAAGUUACCAUGUCUGGAGAUAUCAAAGAGUGUAACUGCAUUUGGCCGAAUGAUGAUUGAAAGAACAAAACAAGAAAUUGAAGAGAAAUAUCGGGUUGAAAAUGGAUACAACAGUGAUGCAAAAGUAAUUUACGGCGAUACAGAUUCUGUAAUGAUCAAUUUUAAUGUCAAAACCGUGCACGAUGCCAUGAAAAUCGGAAAAGAAGCAGCAGAAUAUGUCAGCGAUAAAUUUGAAAAACCAAUUAAAUUAGAAUUUGAGAAAGUAUACUUUCCUUAUUUGCUAAUUAGCAAAAAGAGAUACGCUGGUUUAUAUUUUACUAAACCAGACACUUAUGACAAAAUGGACUGCAAGGGAAUAGAAACCGUGCGAAGGGAUAAUUGUCCCUUAGUUGCCAAUCUUAUUAAUACCUGUCUCCAAAAGAUUUUGAUCGAUAGGGAUCCAAAUGGUGCCGUCGAUUAUGCAAAACAGAUCAUCUCGGAUUUACUAUGUAACCGUAUCGAUAUAUCACAGCUAGUCAUUACAAAAGAAUUGACAAAAACUGAUAAAGAAUACGCUGCCAAACAGGCCCAUGUCGAAUUAGCACACAGGAUGAGGAAGAGAGAAGCUGGUAGUGCUCCAAACUUGGGGGAUAGAGUGCCUUAUGUAAUUAUUGCAGCGAGUAAAAAUACCGCUGCCUAUUUAAAAUCAGAAGAUCCAAUUUAUGUGUUAGAAAAUAAUAUUCCUAUUGAUACGCAAUAUUAUUUAGAAAAUCAAAUAUCAAAACCUCUGUUGCGUAUCUUUGAACCAAUACUGGGAGAGACUAGGGCUGAAUCGGUCCUUUUAAGAGGCGACCAUACAAGGUCUAAAACAGUGGUUACGUCAAAGGUCGGCGCUCUGUCUGCUUUCACAAAAAAACGCAGUACGUGUAUCGGAUGCCGUGCCUUGAUGGAUGAUAACGCAGGUGCAGUUUGUCCUCACUGUCAGUCAAGAGAAUCAGAAAUCUACAUGACCGAAAUGUUAAAUUUGAACUCUUUAGAAGAAAAGUUUGCUAGAUUAUGGACUCAGUGUCAACGUUGUCAAGGUAGUCUUCAUGAAGAAAUUCUAUGUACUAGUCGUGACUGUCCAAUCUUUUACAUGCGGAAAAAAGUGCAAAAGGAUCUUGCUGACCAAGAGAAAAUUUUAAAAAAAUUUAUCGAGUAAAAUGCAAAGUUUUUUUUUAAUUAAACAUUGUUCAUUAAUA